GUGCCGGUCUCUGGCGUUUCCAGACGCAUUUCGCGCGUCGCAUAUUGUUUUAUCGGACUUCUAUUUUCUACAAUUGAAUUAUAUUCAGUCAUCACUCGACUUAGUGUAACAUGCAUCUACUGUGUUUUGUGAAUGAUUAAUAGUGCGUUUAAUGUUCGUAAAUGAUUUUUUGCUCGCUUUUGAUGUUUAAAUUUCAAAGUACAAGAAUACUGCGGUUUUAUUGUCGGUUUUUGUGGGACAUUGUCGGUAGCUACCUACAUAUUGCUACCAUGUUGUUCCCAGUUCUUUGGAGGUCCCUUCGUGUUUGAUAUUUGCCAUGCCUUGGAGUCUGAUGUGUUCUGCAUUGGAGUUACUGCUACCGCCACCUUCGUACGGUGCCCUAAAUGGGAGUCUUUAUGGAUCUUAUGAAGCAUUGGCUAAUCCUGAGAUGGCCAGGUUUAUCAAUAAUGACCAACUGGAGUGGUUUCGUGGUACUGGUGAAGUGCGUAUUGAGGAUGAUGUUUUGAUUACUGAAAAUGGAUGUUGCAACUGGACUAAAGUUCCAAGAACUGUCCAAGAAAUUGAAGAUUGGAUUGCCGGUGUUGAUGAUGAUUCCAAAUUCGAUUGAAUGAAUUUACAACAUUUCGAAGCUGUUAUUGAUAUCAUUUUUGUUUAUUAUGUUAAAAAUUGUAAAAAAGACCAUUGUAUAAUUUCAUGUAUAUAUUGAGAAAUUGAGUUACUGAUGGGUGUAUAUUCAACAUGUUUGAAUAAAAUUGUUGUUUUAUACUUUUAACUAUAAA